UCUGGAAGAUGGCCGAGCGUGGGUCCAAGUCGGUGCUGUUCGUGUGUCUGGUUACGAGCACUUAGAUGUCUACUCCAGCUGCCUCCUAUCAUGCUUGACCCACUAUGAUGGACUGUUAUCCCUCUGGAACCAUAAGCCCAAUAAACUCAUCUUUCUGUAACAUUUGCCGGUCACCCAUUGCAGAAGCAGUUUUCAGAAAAUUAGUAACUGAUGGAAACAUUUCAAUUAAUUGGAGGAUAGACAGUGCGGCUACAUCUACCUAUGAAGUGGGGAACCCCCCUGACUAUCGAGGGCAGAGCUGCAUGAAAAAGCAUGGCAUCCCCAUGAAUCACAUUGCUCGGCAGAUUACCAAAGAAGACUUUGCUACAUUUGAUUAUAUACUGUGUAUGGAUGAAAGCAAUCUGAGAGAUUUGAAUAGAAAAAGUAAUCAAGUUAAAAACUGCAGAGCUAAAAUUGAGCUACUUGGGAGCUAUGAUCCACAGAAACAGCUCAUUAUUGAAGAUCCCUAUUAUGGCAAAGACUCUGACUUUGAGCUGGUGUAUCAGCAAUGCCUCAGGUGCUGCAAGGCCUUCCUGGAGAAGACUCACUAGCUGGUCCCACCACCAUCUAGCAACUCAUCCACAGUGUGUACCCAAGGGUGGUGAUGAUCCUUAGCCCCAUGCCCCACCUGUUUUUUCAGCUGACUUAAUGUUUAUCUUAAAAAAUAAUUAUAAGUAGAAAUUAGUUAUAUUUUCAAAAGAAUAAAAAUGAGUAAGACAGUUUGAGGUGUAGUUAAGAUUCUUAGGUUAGUUGAACCUAUCACCUUGCCCUAAUUACAAAAUAGUGGAACAAGAAGAUAGGGAGCAAAACAAAACACAGUAAUAAAGUAAGAGUGACCUGCAGGUCCGUGUCAGCCUCUGAGUCCAGCAAGACCUGGAUACUCUGUUCUACCUGGAGGGGUGCAUGGCCAGCACCCAGGGGUGCCCUGUGCUCACCUUACACCUCUCUGUCCUAAGCUUUCAUAGUGACAGUAACCCCAUCCAUAGCAGCCCUCCACUUAGCACUGGGAGAGUUUUAACUCAGAUACACUCAGGGUGCA